ACGCGCACGCGCACGCACGGACCCCUACGAUUGCGGCACGUUAUCAGUGGACAACAACGCAGGCACACACAAAACACCGUAAUCGUAACAUUGGCGUACGCGAAGUGCCGCUGUAGUACGUCUUCCGAUUUCGGCCGAGUCUAGAUUACCGCGUACCAGAGCGGCGCGCGCAAGUUAUUAUUUUAGCCGACAACGUCGUCGUCGAACGCGUUUAUUAUUCGUAUUGCCAUUGUCGACGACGCUGCACCCGUUGCUGUCGUCUCUCCGACGAGGCCCGUGCGCCACCGUGUCUCCAGCUCGCGCGUCACCCUCGCCGACCGAGCCCGCGUCGUCCGCGGCGGCAGUGAUGAGAUUCGAGUGGCGUCCGUCAUUCGUUGGACACGUCGGAAUUCAGGAUGAUUUAUGUAUGAGCUGACAUGGAUGAAUCUUACUUAAAAAAUAAUAGUUCAAUGAAAACACCUAGACAUUUUAAUAGACAAGUUAAAAAUAUUUCAAAUAAAAUUAACUUUACUUCUGAUGCAGAACUAAUUUCCAUAGAUGAAACGAACUCUAAUAUAGAUUCUAAAUCAAGUCUGCUAACUAGAAAGCAAAGAAUAAAAGAAUACUUAACAUUUGCUCCUAAAAAAAAGACAGCAACAGAUUAUCUAUUAGAGGAUAUUAAGAAUGGAGGAUUAGAUUGUUUGGAUACAACAAUUGAUAAUGAUAAAAAGCCAGUAAAAGUUAAAACUCUAUGGACUCGUACAAGCUUAAUGGAAGAAGCACUCGAAAAUUCAUCAUUUCUUCAAACUGAAAUCACUUCACCUAAAAAUAAUUUACCUAUUGAAAUAAUAAAUAAGGUAUCAACCAUGGCUGUUACACCAGGAAAUAUUAUAGAAAAAUAUGGUACCUUAGAUUCAGAACAAAUAAAAAGAAAAAGAGGUCGACCAAAAAAACAAAUUAUUAGUGAAGAAAAAGUACCAAUUUCUUCAAAUGUUGAUAAUAAAGAGUUAUGUGCUUUAAAUACAUAUGAUUUUAAUUCGCCCAUCGAUUGUAAUAAAUCAACAACAUCACCAGCUAUAAAAAGAGGGCGAGGUAGACCAAAAAAAACUGGAAUCACAGCAAAUACUGUUCUGCCAAAGUCACAAGUUGUUUUUAAAAAAGUGAUAAAUAAAAAAAAAGGUAGAAAAAAAGGUACCUUAACCAAUGUUAAAAAUCAUUUGAAGAAAAUGGAAGAUGCCUCACUUGAGAAUGAAAUGACUUCAAAAGUUUCUAAUGAUUCAAAAUUUUUAAAUAUUGAUUUUAAUCCUGACCUUUUCAAUCUUAAAGAAUUGAUGGCUGAUGAUGAAAUAGCAAUUAAAAACGCUAAAUUUUUUUGUGAAAAAAAAACAAAUGAUAAUGAUAUUAAAAUUAAUAAAGACUUAUUGACAAUACAUCCAGAACUAAAGUCAUGUUCUGUUCACUUAGAAAAGUUUCAGUAUUCAAAUACAACAGAGGAUGUUGAUGACAAUUUAAGGUUAACUAAGAUAAAAGUUGAAACUAAUGAUUCUUUAAAGAAUAGUGAACAAGGUUCGAUUAUUAAAUUUGAUAAAGCUAAUUGGAAUAUUGUUCCUAAAAUAAUAAAAUCUAAAAGUCUUAAUGAAUAUAAUAAGAUACAUCAUCGUCGAAAUUCUCUUCCUAAUAAUUUUGUUUUUGGCUCAACAGAUUAUUCAAAAAUAAAAAAUGAUAAUAUGAAGUUAAAAAAAUCUUGGAAAAGUCUUUCAUAUUUACAAGGGGGACCAAACAUUCAUAUUGAACGAUAUCAACAAAAUGAACUUCACAAAAAAUUUAGAACAGAAUUGAAACGUAGUAGAAGUUUUCCUAAUUGUAUGUUAUUGGAUACAGUUAUCUGGAGAUUUUUAGUUCAUGAACAAAGUUAUUAUACUGAUGACAACUCAAUUUUGUCUGAUUCAGAAAUUAACUUACUUAAUGAACUUUCAGUAGAUGGAUAUAACCAUCAAUAUCGUUCCAAGAGUAUACCCAUUGAACAAUGUGAGUAUAAAAAUGAAAAUAAUAAGCUUUUAUCUAGAAGUUUGGAUAGUUUAAAUAUGUUAUGUCAUACCAAAAAUCUACCACCUUUCCAAAUGAAUCUUGAUGAAUGUGAUUUAAAAAAUACUGAAAGUGAUUCAGAUGAAUGUGAGAGCAAAAUAAGACGAUCUAAACGAUUAAAUACUAAAAUUAAGCAUACAGAUAUGAUUGAUGAGAAAUAUUUACUGGAAUCUAAUAACUCAAAACGUGAUUAUUUAUUAUUGGCGGAACAAAUCCGAAAUGAAAAUGAAAGACAAUUAUUAGAAGCUAGGAAAAAUGAUAUAGAAUUAGAAAGAAAAUUAAAAAAACUGAAUUUUACAUUGAUCACCAACAAUUUGUUCAGGCCUCAUAGGAAGGAUAUGGGGGAGUAUACACCAGCAGAAGCCCAAGAACUACGCAAAUUAAAACCUAGGAGAAUUAUCAAUGCCGAUACAUAUACAUGUCAUUGUAAAUAUUCAAGAAAAGAUUGGAUUGAUGGUAAACCAGGAUGUGGUCCAGAGUGUAUAAACCGUUUAUUGAAUAUUGAAUGUGGAUCUGGAUGUUCAUUAAAGUCUUUCUGUACAAAUAAACAAUUUCAAAAUAAACAAUUCAAACGUACUGAAAUUGUUAGGACUCCAAAUAAAGGUUAUGGUGUUUUUGCACUUGAAGAUAUACCUAGUGGAACAUUUGUCGAUGAAUACAUGGGAGAAGUUAUUGAUCAGCACCAAAUGAUAAAAAGAAUGAAAACAAAGUUGUACAAGAAUAAUAAUUAUAUGGUUCAAUUGAAACAUGAUGAAAUAAUUGAUGCUACCCGAAAAGGAAAUAUAACAAGGUUUAUAAAUCAUAGUUGUGAACCUAAUUGUGUAGCUGAAAAAUGGAACGUUUUAGGUGAAUCGCGAAUGGGCUUUUUCACUAAAGUUCCAAUAUUUAAAGGAGAAGAAAUUACUUUUGAUUACAGUUUUGAAAUAUUUGGAGAUGCUGCUCAACAAAAAUGUUACUGUAAUGCACCUAAAUGCCGUGGAUUUAUUAGUAAAAAGUCUCGAACAGGAGAUGAUCAAAGCAGUUCUGAUGAAAGUGAGGAUAAUGAAGAUGAUAUUUUGACCUCAAAAUCAGAUGAACGUGAAGAAAAGAAAAAGAAAAUCACUGUGAAAAAGAUAACGAAUAAAGAUAAAAAACGUUUACGAGAGCUUGAUCGACAGCUAACAGAUAUCAGUAGAUUAAAAAAUAAAAAUCGUUCUGAUUUGGAGAGCUCAACAUUAAAUUUGAAUAAGUUAAUGGUUCAUAUCACAGACUCAAUGAGCCAAUCACAUAUUUUGAAAUUCAUUCGAGAAAAUGAUUUGAAUUGUAAAAGAUUAUUUAUGAAUUUCAAUGGUUUGAGUAUAAUACAUAGUUGGAUGAUUUCAAGUAACAAUGAGAAUUUAAAAUUAGAAAUCAUACAGACACUUUCAGAGUUACCAAUUUCAAAUAGAAAUACUAUAACUAAAUCAAAAGUUUUAGAUAUUGUUGCUGAAUGGGCGAAAAUUCCAUUUAGUAUUAAAGAAAAUAUCGAAAAUUUAGAUUAUCCAGUGUCUAAAAGUGAAGAACAUGGACAAGAAAUUGACAAAUUAUUACCAGAUGAUAAAAAUAUUUCUUUGUUAGCUCAAGCAGCUAGAGUUUUAUGGAAGAAAUGGAUUAUUUUAAAAAUGGUUUUUAAAAUACCUAAAUUAGAGCGUCCAAAAGAUGUGAGCAUUCCUUGUGAUAUCCAACCAUCAAUUAUUUUAUCACAACCAAAACCAAAGCUUGAUCAAUGUAAUUUUGAGAAACCGUUAAUUACUACAAGUCAACAUUCUAUAUUAGAUAGUGGAAAUCUUACAAAUAAAAUUAACAACAUAUCAUUUGUACAAAACCAAGAAAUACUUGGACAUGGAUUAACUAAUCCUAUGGAUAAAUUUAGUAAAAUUAUUGAUCAUCAAAUUCAGAUUAAUAAUCAAGAAAAGAAUAAAGCUGUUUUUGAAUGGAAUAAAAAAUAUUGGGACUAUACAGCAUUGAAAACAAAUAAAGUUAACAGUUCUUCUGCUGUAAAUAGUCCAAAUAAAUUAAUUUUAAAUACAAAUCAUGUUUCAACUACCGAAUUGACAUCAGAUAUUUUAGAGAUUCCUACUAUUGAAGGCAACUUACAAAGUAAAAAAGUAAAAUGGAGUAUUGCUGCUCAAUUUACUCCAGCAGUUUAUGAAGUACCUACUUGUGAUUCUACUUCAAAACCCGCCUCUAUGUGUAAUAUUUCCAAUACUGAACCAAUUGACUACAACUCUAUUGAAAUAAUUACAACUUCAAACAAAGCAUGGGAUCCACCUCUUUUAACAAUUGAUGAACUUAAAAAUGGAUUUACUUUAGAAUCUAUUUUGAAAACAGUUCCACCUAGUUUAUCAAACAAUUAUGUUUCUAAUCAAUGUGAUAAGACUACCCAAUAUUUAAAUUUCUAUGAUUCAUCAUUAAUGAACCCUGAAAAUGUCAUGUAUGAAGCUCAACAUCCGAGUAUAGAAGAACAGUCACUUUCUUGGUCCACAGAACCUAUAUUAAAUUUUCCUACCAAAACUGUAAUUGAUAUAUUAGAAACUAAUUCAAAAGAAAAAAAAUUAGAUAAAGAUAAUAUUGAUGUAUUAGAAACUAAUUCAAAAGAAACAAAUUUAGAUAAAAAUAACAUUGAUAUAUUAAAAAGUAAUUCAAAAGAAAAAGAUUUAGAUAAAAAUAACAUUGAUAUAUUAGAAACUAAUUCUAAAGAAACAGAUUCAAAUAAAAAUAACAUUGCUGUACAACCAGUAACUGCAGAAGAUACUGAGAAAAUAUUAUUUGAACAGUGCCAAAAUAAUUUAAAAAAACUUAUUGGUAGUGGUUUAUUAGAUAUUUCUAAAUCUGCCAGAGAAAAUUUUAUUGACCAGUCUCCAAUUAAAAUAACUGACUCAUUUUUCAAAAGAAAAUCACAAUCUCAACACAAAAAUGAUUUUAUUUUGCCUAAUUUUUUUAAACGAUUAAAAAUAAUCAGUAACUUUUAUCGGGAACAGCCAUCCAAAUUAGUUAAAAUAAACAAUUUUAAAUCUAAAUGUACAGCUCCAAAAAAUAAAAAUAACGUAUUUAGAAUUAUAGAAGAUAAUAAGACUGUAAAAACUGAUGCAACUUCUGUAGCUUUAAAAUUUCAUGAUGAACAACUAAAUACUGCUCCUCAGAAUUUAAAUAUAGGAAAAUUACUUAAGAAACAAACUAUUGAAAUAAAUACUGAAAAUAAAUUUGCAUAUAAAAUUUUUAAUGGUCUCAAGAAAAAAUAUUUAAAUAUGCCUAAACAAUUUACACUCCCAAUAGAUACUAAGGUUUAUACUUUAGACCCUAAAAAAGAAAUAGAACUUCAUCAUAAAUUAAUUCCAACCGUGAAAAAUACAUUGUGCGGUAAAUUAAUAAAAGAUAAUAGUAAAGAUACCAUUAAUGUGUUCAAACAAGAAAUAAUUAUGAAGUAUGAUGAAUCAAAAUCUAUUCCGAGACCUAUCUUAAGUUUAGAAGAGGUUUUUAAGGAAAAUUUGACUAAACCAAAAAAUAUUUCAAAUAAUAAAGAACACGGGCCAAUAAAAAGAAAAAUGCCAUUACAUACUUCACAUAAAGUAAAAAGUCGAAAGGCAGUUGAUUCACAUAUUAAUAAAUCCAAUAAUAUAGUUACAGUAACAAAUGAAAAAAAUGAUGAUGUAAUAUUUAAAAAACCAAUGGUGCCUAUCAACAGGAAAAAAUCACUUAAAGUAAGUACUUCACUUAGCAAUAAAAGACGAGAACAGGUUAUAUCAAAACCAAUGACACAAAAUACAGCUGUGUUGAAAAGAAAUACUAAUGAAAUAAGACAGGGACCUAUUACAUCAGGCCAAAUUAUGUCAAGUAAAGCUCUAUUACGAGUAAAUGCAAAUGAAGUUGCACAAGAACCAAGUACAUCAAAUCAAACUACACCGAGUAUUACUUUGUUAAAAACAAACGCUAAUGAAAUUAGACAGAAACCUCUGAUGAAAUGUUUACCAUUUAAUAAAGUAGACAAUAUUUUAGAUACUGAAUUGGAACAAAAUGCUAAAAAUUUGGCAACAUAUUUGAGUAUGAAUUACAUAACGAAUGAAAUACCAAUUAGUCAAACAAAUAGUGAACUAAUCGAUUCAAUUGUAGAUAAUUUCAAUGCAUCAGUUACUUCAAAGAAAACCAUGAAUCGUACAAAUCUUUCUGAUGACCCUAUUGUGAGGGAUUAUAUACAGCGUACUCAAUUAAAAACUCUUGAAACAAAAAGAAAAUGUAAACUGCCUGAAAGUAUGAUGUCUUUACCAGUUGAGGUUCUGAAUCUUGUUCCGGAUAAUCAAAGAGAAAUAAAGUACGUCAUUGAUUUCUAUCAUGCUAUGGCUACAGUUAUUGUGAAAGUAUUAGAUUCUUAUGUAAAGAAGAGUUGUAAACAAGGUCGUAUAAAAAAUGAUGAAGAUUUCAAAUAUCUAGCUAAAAAGCUGAAUUCCAAUAUUUUAUUCAAAGAGCUUCAAGUUAAAAAAGUAGAGGAGUUAAAAAUAACUGAUAGUGUAAAGCAAAAAGUUGAACAAUACAUUAAAAAAUACAUGUUGAAAUAUGGAAAAGUAUAUAGAAGAAAAAGUACCGAUCAAUGAUCCAGUUAGCAAUAUAAUCAUCAUCAUCAUAAUUUAAAAAAGUAUGUUCAUAUGGAUAUAUCAUCUAUAUUCAUCAUGGUUGUAAUUUUCACAGAUUUUAAUUUGAAAUUUUCCAAGCCAAAUUGUCACUGCCAUUAAUGAAGACAAAAACCAAGAUAAAGUUUUGGUUAUAUUUCAGAAACUCAAAAUUUUUUGUUUUUAUACCAACAACUUAAUUGAUUAAUUUA